CAUGGUUCUCUUCUGUCCAGUAUCCGCUACUCUAGAGGUUUUGAAAGGAUAUAUUCAUUUCAAGAUCAAAGUAUACAAUUCACUGAAAUUUAAGCGUAUUAUUAGUUUUGGAUGGCAUAUACACUGUUAUAUUACUUUCAAUUUGCAUGUGGUUAACUAUAAAAUAUUACCUGAAUAUCAUAUCUGUUAUAUUACUAUUAAAUCAAGGCCCCUACAUUGAAAAUGAAAGUUAGAAAGCUGAAACUGAAAAUAAUAAAUGUUAAUUUUUUUAUAAUGCCUAGCCUAAUACACUAUGCGCGUAAUAGCUACUUAAAAUUAGGCUUUAUUAUGCUUUUAAACUUAGGUGUAUCAUGAUGAGUAGGCCUCUAUUUGUACUACCCUUUAAAAUGAUUAAUAAUGAAAUGAAUCAAUCAUGAGAAUGAGUGACAUCCACCCCACUUACUAUCUAAAUCUAAGUAUAGGCCGCCUAAUAGAAAAUUAGGCGGCUAAUGUGAAGAGAUAGCACCCUGGUUCUGAUAGGGUCAAAACCCUGGUUCCAAUUGGGUCAAAACCCAGGUUAGGGAUAAGUUUAGGGUUCAGGUCGGUUAGGUUGAGCUUAGUGAUACGUUAGGACAGCGUUCCCCAAACGGUAGACCCGCACCGGUCCGCAAGCCUUACGUUACCGGUCCAGAGAGCAUGUAUAUUGAUGUUUAAAUAGAAAGAAAAUGUAAUUAAUAAAUCUGGCACCGGUCCCUGGUGCAGUUUCGAAACUUGUCCACCGGUCCGUGAAACUUAAAAGUUUGGGAAACACUGCGUUAGGACAUAAGAUUGCGGGUCACGGCAACCAAAGUAAAAAAACUUGUUGCCAUCUCUUCACAUUUACCAUUUGGCUACUUAUUUUUUUGUUUAGGGGCCAUCCAUAAAUGACAUCACAGAUGUUAGGGGGUUGCAUUUGUGUGAUGAGGGGAUGGGGUUAAGCAUUGUGAUUGUGACAUAAUAAAAAAAGUGAAAUAUUAUUGAAGCAAUAGCACUGAAUAACACUAAAUUAGAGAUUUCUUUCAAUAUAUUUUUUUAUAGUACAAUUAUAAUUAUUUUACUUUGUAUAUUUAAACUACAAUCACUGAGAAUGAAUACAGGUAUGCGAGGUGUGAAAAUUAUUGACUCUGUUCAAGUUUCAGGACGUCAUGUAGGAGGAGAAUCAGGGUUUAGGGACAUUUGCAGUCUUGAGAAUUUAUGUCAAAAUGUGGAUAUGAGUGUCAUAGAAUUAGGGCUACCACUUCAAGUGGUAUGGACGGAAUGAAAAAUGGGUUACCUGGGGGGUUGGAUGGAGAAAUGAUCUUAGUAUACCGGUAGUAAAAGUUCUAGCUCAAAGAUUCUUAACAGUUUUGCAUCACCUCUCUAUUUUAAAUUAUUUAAAAUAAUCAUUAACCCCAUAAAUUAUAUUGUAAUAAAGAAAUAAUGUAGUUGUUGUAAUUUAAUUUCUGUAAUUUAGCUUUCUAGAAAAAAAUAAUAAAAUUCACCAAAAGAAUUAAUACCCAAACUAAAUUAACCACAAAAACAUUUACUGCUGAUAAUCAAAAUGCAUCAAAAACAUUUUUUAAAGGCAGCAACAAUUAGCAAUGGCUUAAAAUUUAAUUUUCUGGGUAUUCAGCACCCCCACUGUAGGGAAAUGUUUCUGACACAGGUGCAGAUUGGAUCUCCAUGGGAUAUGACUUUUUAAGGGUUUGUAAAGAACUGUAGUGAACAGAGUGAUUUUUUGAGGGGGGGGGGCGGUUACGAGGAGGGUGCAGAGGUUUGUGACAUUAUAUUUAUGGGGCGUCUUAACUUUUUGUGCUGAUUGUGGGGUGGGGGUUGGUAAAAAAUAGGUAAAAUUUGCUUGAGUCAUUUAUGAAUACCCCUUAAACUUGUGCUUAGGCUUAGCUGUAAUUAAGCAUUAAACCUAUAAAGUAGUCUAAAGGGCCAGCCAUAAAUGAUGUCAAGCAUCAAGCUGGGCUAGAUUUUUUAGGGUUUAAACAUUUGCAAUGCAGGAUUCUAAUACUAAUUUUGUGUGACUAUUGUGUGGGGAUAAAAACUGGCAAAAAUAGCAAUAUAGUGUAUUUUAGGUGGACCUAUAAAUACUAGAUUUGGGAAAAGAAUAAUUCAUGAAAAUAAUAUUUGAUGAUUUUAAUUAAGACCAAGCUCUGAAAUAAGUAAUACAGAGUAGGCUUUCAACCUAGGCCUACCCAGUUUUAAUUAGUAAAAUUUUGAUGUUAAUGUUUUAAAAAAAAAUAAAACUUAAUAUUUAGGCUUAGGCGAGAAUUCAUGUUUCUCUGAAAUUGUGUUUGAAAUUGGUAGAUUAAAAGAUACUGAAAAAUAUACCCAAAAUAUAAUAAUAAUGAAGGAAUUUAGCUCUACUUAAAGUAAUUUAUAUUUACAACUAAGACAAUUCCCAAUAAGAGCUCUACCUUACUUUGUUUGUGAUACAAAAAAUUAAUUUUGAAGGUUAAUUUAUUCAUAAUGAAUUCCAAAAAUAGUUGAAUGUGAUUGCAACAAUACGAUUCUUUAUUUGAGGAUGUCUAUUGAUAAAUUGCAUUUAAUUGAUCUUAUCAUUUUUAUCAUGAUCUACAAUUUGGGUGAUGAGAUUUAUUUUCAUACAAAAUUAAAGAUACGAUUUUUUUUUAGAAGCCUUAUAACAAAGCAGGAGUUUAAAAAAGAAACAAAUGAAUUCUAAAUUCUGAUCAAUCCUCUUAUUUAUUAAUGUAUUCAGUUAGCUACAAAUAAAUGAUCUGAAUAAAUAUUCAAUAUAAUCAAAAUGUUUCAGGAUCAUUUAACAUAACUCUAAAAUAUGGAAGAUUCCGAUCAAGAUGUGAGUGAGGAGAUUGAUAGUGACAAUGAUGUCUGGGCUGGUUUGAUACCAGGCCCUGAUGAAAGAACGGAGCAGUGCAAAGUUGGCAAGGAAACAUUACAUUUACCGGAACUCUUUUUGGAAAAGGUUGGUUAUCUGAAUGAAUGGGAAGUCCCAGACACAAAUGCACAUUUAUGAAGUGCUUUUGAUUGUCUUCAGGGAGGCUUUAAGUUGAGGCAUAUCCUACAUUGUAUCAAUGUUUAAUUACUCUGUCUAACAGGUGCAAGAUGUUUCACUUGUAUUUGCAGGCCUUAAAGGGCAAUUUAACUGGGCACUUUCUUGAAAAUAUUAGUAUUUGAAUGAAUAUAUAUAUAUAUAUAUAUAUAUAUAUUUAUAUAUAUAAAAGUGGGGUUUUUUUUUAGCGGCUAAUUCACUGCUAUAAAAAAUGAAUCACUUCACUAAAAGACAUGAUGUUCGGAUGGCUUUUUUUCACUAAUGUUUGUGGAAUAUUUCCGACUAGAAUACAUUUAACUUUUCGUUCAAGUAUCUUCACUGUGUUGAUCACUUUGAAGGAUUUAUUUUGUUUUUAUUUGUGAGAUUAAGGACUGGAAGGAAAAGUAUCAGAUGCAAUUCAUCUGAGAUUAAUUAGCCAGCACAUAACCAGAUGCCAUCAGGUGAAGAGAUUUGACCUUGUUUCAUCUUCCACCCAGGCCUGAUUGUAAUUUAUGUUGACUUCCAAGAGAACAUUUUCCUGAAAGCUUAUUCUAAUUUAUAUAUCAUUAACAGUAAAGGCAGUGUGAUAUCAUAUCAUUAACAGUAAAGGCAGUGUGAUAUAUUAUCCAAUUUGAACCAAUUAAAUUUUGAUUUAGAACAUAAUACUGGUAACGUCUAAGACUGAAGAUAUAAUUUUGAUACAAGUGUUCGCUUUUUUUAAAUUUCAGAAACAUAUUUUUACAUCUGUGUUGUCAAUGGAAACUUGGGAUACAGUUUUAACAGAUGAGCAAAAGGAACAGUUAGAGGUAACUUCUUCUUAAUUUUAUUUUUCAUUACUAAUUAUCAAUUGUCUUAAAAUGAAUAGCUUCUUUAUGUAUUUAAAACACAUUUCUUUCUAGUGUUUGGUUGAUGGAAAGCAAAUGAAUACUUAUUGAAUUGAGCUUUAUUUUUCUUUCAGAGUUUAUUACCAAAAUUUCCAAAUGGUGAUGGUGAAGAGAAACGCGAGACGUUAAGGUCAGGAUAAAGAGUUGUUUUUUUUCCACUAAUGUUACCUGUUUGAAUUUAUAUAAAACAUUUUGAAAAGUUUCAAUGAUUUAUUUCACGUCUGAAUUGGUUUACUCAAUAAUUGGACUUUUUAGGGGUGAUUUGUAAUAGAAAUAUAUUUAAAAAAAUAAAAAAUGCACCUUGUUCUUAUAGUUGCAUCUAUGGUAAAUAAAAAAUUAAUUGAAACCUGGGUACAAAAUGUAUAAAAUACAUUAAAUAGUUAGGAAUUUAUUAAUUAUAAACAUGCAAAGCACCUUGAAAAAGAAUAACUGAAUUUUGUCCCAUAAAAUCAGUGUUAAACUUCCCUCACUCAUUACCAUCCCCUUAGAACCAGCCCCCAUUAAGCGCUUAUAGAAACCAGUCCAACUAGUUCAGCUGAUGAGGUAGUCAUCCAUCUUUCGUACGUUGAGCUAUGAGACUUUUCCAUUUAACUGCAGCAUUUGUUUAUCUUAACAUGAAAUUGUCCACAACUUAUUCUUCUGACCUGACCAUUAUACACUUCUCCUUCUACCAUCAAAUGAAGUUGGAGUUGAAGGUUAAGGGAUUUAGAUUUAAGACCAAAAGUUGUAAUACAGCCUUAACAAGUGCUUCAAUAUUGAUUGUAGUAGCUGUAGAGGAUGAGGUGGAAGCAAUACAUUAUUUGUAUCAUUUACAUUUAUUUGAUUCCCAGGCGAUUGUUUACUGGUGAAAACUUCAAAUUUGGGAACCCUGUUGAAGAUUUGCAAAAGAAGCUAAAAGGUAAUAAAAGGAUUUUUCAUUUAAUGUAUUGUUUUGAACUUAAAUUUCGCCUGUUUGUGCACUGCCGGCAUUAAAAAAAAUUAAUUCCUAUAGUUCAUUAUACAUAAAAUUUAAGACAAAUUCUUGAUAGCUUUAUAAACAACUUCAGUUGCUAAAAUGGUGGAGCUUUAGGACAGUUUUCUUAUUAUCUCAGACCCCAACUUUAAAGCCCAUCAAGGGUACUCAGCCUCCACACAGGGGGGGGGGGAAUUAUCAUUACUUUAAAUAGCUUUUACAAGGAGGUGUGGUUAUCAGUUCUUUUGGAUGUCAAGUACCUCCAGUGAUACUGAGGGUGGACAAUAAUGAAUUUCAAUGUUAAAACAUAUGAUAUACUAAUUUAUAAUUAGUGAUUUGCAUGAUUAGUUGUGUCAUUCUUUGAAACUUAGGUUUAAAAUGUAUUUGUAAAAAGGCUUGUACAAAUUGAAGUGAUCUUUAUUUAAAAUAGUAAACUUUUUUUUUAAAAAUGAAAAUAUUGUUGAAACAUUUACAUUUUUUUUUAUUGCAUGUAUGUUUCUUUUAAAAAAAAGCCAUUUAAAAAAAUUCCAACAAUUUGGUAAAUAACGUAAUCUACAUUGUUUAUAUUUAUACCAUGAGUGCAUUUUUUUGACAAUGCUUGUUUAUAUUUUUUAGAGGGGUACUUGCAUCCAGAAAUAGCUCGAUACAGAAAACAGACUCGACAGUUUCGGCACCGUGAUUACAAAAUGAGGCAGCAGCGACACUUAUCAGAUCUGUUAAAACAUUUACUUCUCUCCAGACAGGUAUCUGGAUUUCUCCAAUUUGGGAUUAUGUAAAUGAAAAGCACUUAUUACCUUAAAUUUUCGUUUUACAAAAAAAUUGGAGUAAAUAAAAUGAAAACAUAUAUUGCAAUAUAUAAAAGUUGAAGUAAAAGUAGCUGCUUAUCUUUUAAUGAAAUAAAUUUAAUGCUCAUACAUUCUGCAGUUUGUUUAAUCUGAAGUUGAGAAAUGAGGUGGCCAAAAGAUGGCCAGUGGGGUAAUGCAAGGAAAUUCAAUAAAUAAAUAAUUAUUAAUUAUGGAAAAGGGUCAGGUUUAAAAAAUAAACGUAAAAAAAGUUGUGAAAUGUUUUGUUUAAAAAAAAAAAAAAUAGUACAUCUCUGUUCUUUUAUUCAUGCUUCUAAUUUUACUUUAUGUAUCAAUGAAAAUUGUACAAUUAUUGGACAAAAAAAUAUAUUCAUCAUAAGGGUCUCUUUGAACAUGCAUCAACAUUAGCCCCCGGAGAGCCUAUUAAGUUUCAGUGUCGACCACCACCUAAGAAGAAAGCAUCUGCAGUAGAGCAAAUAGUGAAGAAGAAGACAAUUAGGUUUGUUUCUGAUUUGACUACUCUUUAACAUUUAUUUAGGUGAUAAGUGAAAACACUGUUGAUGAACAUUUGUCAUAUUCUCCAUUUGUUAAAUAAUAUUGCGUCAAUUUUCAGGAAUGACUUAACUCUUUCUCUCCGGAUCAACGCUCCCAUCGUCGAUUUUAAAUGAGUUUUCUGGCGGAUCGACGAUGGCAUCGCCAUUGAAUAAAACCCUGUUUAUUUCGGUUCUUUUCUUAGCUAUUGGUUUUUAGUUAUUUUAAAUGAAAUCUAGAAUGAUAUCCCUUUGAAAAACAUCCUGUAUUUCUUUAUUUGAACGAGUUUUUACAUAGAACAGAGUGUUUGAAGUAGUUGUUUUGAUCGUCCAUUUUAUUUUUGUUUACAAACAUGCAAUCUUGACCUGACCCAUCUGGUGAUCGAUCUAAUAAAAGUUGAAAUAUUACUCUGAUGACAAUUCAGAACAGUGAUUUUAUGAUUUAAGAUGCAGAAUUGAUUCUGAUGAAUCAUAUAAUUAUAAUACUAGUGCUAGUACUGGUAGUACUAGUGACGAAAUAAUGAAAUUUGUAAUUCAUCAGCUGAUGGACAAACAGACCCGUCCCGAGCUAAAGUGCUUUCUAGAAGAGCUAAUACUGUUCCUACUAUAAAUAAUGUAGAUUCUAAAAGGAAAGCUGCUGGUCUUAGCACUAAAACUGAGUGCAAUUUCAGAUUUUUACCUUUGAAAAAUGUAGGUGUAAAUUUGGAGCUUGUAGUGUGACUAGUUAGUCAAAUGAGAUUGACUGUUUUAUUUUACUUUGCUAGACACAGAUAUUAUUCACAAGCUUGAACUCUCAAUUAGUGAGUAUCCUUCCUAAAGUAUUAAAAUCAACACUCUAACAAGACUUAUUAGAGCAAAACAUGUGCCUAUGAGCUCCAAAAAGAACAGUGUGCAAACAUAGAACAGGACGAACUGUACUGGAAUAUGUUUGUGCUGGAUGUGAGUUAAGUCCGCAUAUCCAUAUGGAUUGUUUUCAGCCUAACCAUAGCUAAACCCAGAUGAAAAGAUAUGACAAAUUUAUGGUAAAUUUUCCAUUUACCAUAAUAAAUGUUAGUUCAUACAAGGAUACGGUUCAAAUAUAAUCUUAUAGCAACAGUUGUUUCCAUUGGAAAAAGUUUUUUGCUGAAAUAUUUUGUGUAGUGGUGACAAUGGAUAAUGUUCUCUGGUGUUUAAUUUGUUUUAUUUUUUUUAAGUUAAUCUUUAUUAUUUGUGAGGCACAUAUGGAUAUAGUUCAGAAAAAAAAAUUUUUGUUACACUUUGGAUUAUAAAUUUCUCUUUGUGUGACUUGGAAUGAGCGUUUUGUGAACAGCUGGUGAGUUUUUUUAAAUUUAAAAUUUAUAUUGACCUUAAAUGAUAAUCACAUUUAUAUAUUAAAAUUUAAGCCCAAGUCUGUAUUGAUUGCAAAGAACUUACAUUCCCCUUUAAUUCCAUACCAAACUUAACAUUUUCUGAUGAAAAACAAAAAAGUUAUGAUGAUUUUGAGAUAACAUAGUAGAGCGUAACAAAUUUGCAAAAUAGAUAAUUCCGUCAGAACGUGGAAAUUAAUUCGGAGAGAAAGAGUUAACCUUCAGAAUUUCAGGAUAUAAGAAUAAUUUAUUGUGGCACUUAAGUUAUUUUUAUUUCAAAUGGUUAUAAUUUCAGUACGUAUCUUAAAAGAUAUUUUUUAUUAAUUAAAAUUAUUAUUUUUGUUAAAUGGACUAUCAUUUUCUUUUAUUUUAGGAUUUUAAAAGAAGUAAGAGAAGAAUGUGGGGUACCUGACACAUCAUCGGAGGAAGAGGAUGAAACUACAAGUAAGAGUUGUUUUAGUGUAAAAUAUUAUAUAGUUUUCUUUAAAACCAAUCUGUUAAUUUUAAUUUUUUUUUAAAGAAUUUUUUUUUUCUAAGUGUCUAAUUUCAUUUUGAUUAGCACCACAAUGGUUUUGUGGUAAAAUUAUUAUUUUUUCUUCUAUACCUUUUGAUGUUCAGAUUUACAUAAAAAUUUGGUGACUACACUCUCGGUUGCAAUUAUUAAUGAAGCAUUUUUAAGCAAUCGACGCUUCUUUUUCUUUUCUUUUUUGCGUUUAUAAAUUCCUACAAUGAUUUCAAGUCUAUAAGUGAUUAAAUUAUAUCUAAUGAUUAUAUUUUAAAAUCUUCAAAUCCUAAAACUUGAUGGUCUUAUAAAGGUCCUGUUCAAAGAAGCAGACGUCAGCUAUUCAAAUCUUUAGGUCCUAUCCCAUCCCCGGAACCGACUCUCCCUAGUGUUGUAUCCACUUUUGCAAGCAAGCCGUCAAUGGUUAAUGGUGACCUGGGGGCUUUAAAUCAUUUAGAAACAACCAGUCCUGUUCAAAAUCAGAUAAACCACAAGAGACCAAGGCCCAUAAGUCCUAUUGAGGUCACUGAGGAAAGCUACAAACUUAUGCUCAAACUUCAUAAAAAGAAAAAGUUAUUAGAUCCAGUAAGUCUUCUUUGUACCUUUUUCUAGAGUAUCUUUUAUUAUUAUUAAUAGCUAUAAUAAUUUAUUUCCACCUUACUAAAGUAGUUUUAGCAACAUUGCUAUAAUAAUGUAUUUUCAUUUUACUAAAGAAUCAGAAGUUUUAGCUACAUCAUGAUCAAAUAUUCUUUAAAGUAUUCUCUCUUAGUCUAAAUUAAAAGUGGACAAAAAGAGUGUAAAAGAAGAUAAUCUCUGUCUAAUUACAGCUCUUUAUUUUAAUUGAAAUUCAAUGUAUUUUUUACUUCUGUGUGUUAGGAGUUACCAGAAUUAGACACAACCAACAUUACACUUCAAGAUAUACUGGCUCGAUGUCAGGCUAACAAGAAAAAUUCAAAAAUUAAUGUUGGUAUGUAUUUUGUUAAAAAUAUUUACAAGAUACUCACAAACAUAUUAUUGACACUAAUUCUUUUAUAAAUUAUUCACAAUAAAUUUGUUUAAACUUUUUUACUGAAAAAACGAUUUUCAGCAUCAGCAAUCCUGCUUAUCAUCUAUUUUCUUAUGUUUAGAAAUGCCAUUUUUAGCCGGGGAUAAUGCCCCAGGAAACCCUGCAACCAUGAAAAAACGCCUCAAGAUGAAAGCCAAGGGGGAGAAAAAGCGGAAGCUAAAAAUGAAAGAUGUUACAGCAGGAGAUGAUGAUGAUGCUGUCCUUACCCCACAUCUUACAUCAUCUGAAUUAGACCAGAACUCAAGUUUUCUAGGUGUUGAUGAAGAGUCAGAAGAGUAAGUACAAAGUGAUCCACCAUAGCUUAUGGGUCUAAAACAUGUUUUAUUUAAUGACAAAUAUUGUGUCCAUUUAUAUUUUUUAUUAUUAAUCUUUUAAAGUAGCUUAGUAAAGAAAGAAGAGCAUUCCUUAAUGUAUGUAGUUGUAUUGCAAUCUUUUUAAAAGUUGUAUAUCUUCCCCCCUCCAAUAUUUCCAGGGUCUCCAAAACAGUAUUUGGUCCGGCUACAAACUUCUUCUGUUUAUUACGUGAUAUUUUGUCAGAAUUCUCUGAAGGAAAAGGUUCUACUCCAAAGGUAUUAUUUUUAAUAAAUUACACCAUCCAGUGUUGUUUUCUGCCCAAGAAAAUGGCCAUAGUUAUCCAUUGUGCAUGGUUCAUAAUUAGUCCUCUUUUGUGACUAAAUACUUCACCAACAUGAAAGCAAAAGUGUUAAUGUAUUCUAAUUUUGGCCGAUGCAGGUAGAGGACCGUGUGAGAGAAUGGCUAGACUUGAAUGAUGAGAUCUCAAACCCAUGGUUGGCACUGCAAAAAAGCUGGAUUGAUUUAGUGGUAUCUGCACUUAAAUUUCUUUCAGGAAAUGAGCUAGGUAAGGUUCAUUCAGUGCUACAGUGAGUCUUAAACUUUCAUCAUAUGAAGAAUUUUAAUUCAAUUGACAUUUGGUUUAUUCUUAAUAGUAAAAUUAGUUAAUACAUACAAUAUUACCUCUCAAUUUUUCUAAUCUUUUUUGCACAAUUAAACAAUGUCUGUGCACAAAGAAAAAAUUUCAUUGGUAAAAAUAUGUUCACUCCACUAAUAUGAAAAGUUAUUUGCUAAGAGCACAUGAAGUAUAACUCUUUAAAACUAGUAACUUUGUUGUUUGUUAUUUUGUUGCUGUCGAGUAUGGUUAUUCAUUAGUAAUUGUUCAUUCAGUGCUACAGUGAGUCUUAAACUUUCAUCAUAUGAAGAAUUUUAAUUCAAUUGACAUUUGGUUUAUUCUUAAUAGUAAAAUUAGUUAAUACAUACAAUAUUACCUCUCAAUUUUUCUAAUCUUUUUUGCACAAUUAAACAAUGUCUGUGCACAAAGAAAAAAUUUCAUUGGUAAAAAUAUGUUCACUCCACUAAUAUGAAAAGUUAUUUGCUAAGAGCACAUGAAGUAUAACUCUUUAAAACUAGUAACUUUGUUGUUUGUUAUUUUGUUGCUGUCGAGUAUGGUUAUUCAUUAGUAAUUGUUGGGCACCAAAUAUUGUGAUUUAUUGUGCACGGCGUGUCUUGUAUAGUAUUUUCAUAAAUGAACAGAGCUUGUGAUGUAUUUUAUGGUAAUUGUCACGUUGUGUCUAUAGUUUGUCUUUUUUGUUCAUGCAUUUUCAUUGAGCAGUCGAUGAGAGUCUGGUGAAAGGUUGUGCUUUAUUCUCCUACCUAUAGCGUGCUGCAUUAUAUAUGUGUUUGAUUCAUUGUACAGCCUGAUAGAUAUGUUGCUGGAUUAAAGUUUACAUUGCUAAUUUAAAAAUGACCUGUGUUCAUUUCGGUGUGAUUAUGACAUAUGAAUGCUUUAAAGAAUUUGAUGAAAGAAACCAAUUGUAUACAGUCAAUCAAUGACAGUACAUUUUAUGGCAAUAUCACCUGUAGAUAAUUGUCAAGUAGACUAAAUUUAUCCAUAUAUGCACAACUUAGAUGGAACAUUGCGUAUAGCAUUUUAAUUAUUUAUUUAUUUAUCAACAACUUUAGUGUUCUCAUGGAAAAAGUAUAUAUAUCCUGGUCAUGUGAUUUUAUACAUUCUCUUUUUCCACAUUUAAACAUUUGAGAAUGUUCUAUGUUAUACAAUUUUGGAUCACAGGAUUGAAAGUUGAAAACUUUGUACCUUUUGUGGACUACAAGGAAAGGGCUCAGCAGUGGAAAUGGAUUGGCGUUGGUCGUGACACAGAUCCAGAAUUGACAUCACUCUUUCGCUACUGGCUGCAGCAUAAGGAUGAUGUCACUGUGGAUGGCCUUGACUCAGCUCAAGGUUCUCCACCACCACCCAAAGUGUAAGUUUUAGUCUGAUACUGAUGAUUUACAACUAAAUGUCUUACAAAAUAAUAAACAAAAAUAUCCAGUGUUAUUUUAGGAAAUUUUUCAUGGAUAAAAACAUGAAUGAGCUUGAAUCCACUUAUAAAUAAUAGAAACAAAUGCUCUAAACGGAUGUAGACAAAUGUAAUCAUAGUAACAUAUUAUUAUUUUUCUAUUCACAGCAAAACCAAUUUUAUUGUUAGGCCCACAUCCAGUAAUGAGAAAGCAUUUUUUCGUGAGCAAGAGCGUCGCAGAUUUGCGGCCCCUCACAAAGCCUUCACUUUUAUGAUGCAUGGAUACGAUUCAGUUGUCGGGCCUGUAAAAGGAGUUUACGACAAAGAUAGUGGGACAAAUAAGGCCAGGGAGCACAAUUUGUUGGUUUCUGACCGUCCCCCUUUUGUCACUAUUCUUACUCUGGGUGGGUAAAGUUAAGAAAGAUCUCAAUAGUCAUUAAGUUUGUCACACCAAAAUAUAUCAGAUAAGUUACAUUCUCCUUACAUUAGGUUUGCCAAUUUUUAUUUUCCAAAAUUAAAAGUAGCAAUGUUUCAUAUUAUCUAGUGCGUGAUGCAGCAGCCAGACUUCCCAAUGGUGAAGGAACGAGAGGAGACAUCUGUGAACUUCUUAAGGAUUCUCAAUUUCUUGCCCCAGGUGUAACAGAAACUCAGGUAGUUAAUUUAAUAUAUUUUAUUAUUGUUUAAAGCUCAAAUUUUUUGCUCAAUUACCAAUCAAUGUCUUAAAAGUCAUAUUAUCCUUAAAUAAAAUCACUGAUUUUGAAUUAAGUACUAAUCAUUGAACAAUGUAUGUAACCAAGCCCUAGGGUUCUUAAGGCGAAAUCUAAAGAUUGGCAACUCCUGUGUGAAAGAAAGAGCAUAUAAAGCCUUUAUCCGUCCGAUUUUAGAUUAUGCAUCUUCAGUCUGGGACCCAUUUACCCAGAAGAGCAUUGACAGGUUGGAGGCGGUCCAGCGACGAGCAGCACGCUUUGUCCUAAACCGCUACAGGAAUACCUCUAGUGUUGGCAGCAUGCUAGAAACACUAGGCUGGUCACCAUUGGAGAAACGACGACGACAAUCCAGGCUCUCCAUGAUGUACAAGAUAAAUAAUGGGCUGGUCCACUGUUCCAGUAUUAAACAGAAACUCAUCCCUCUCCCCCAUAGACAGCGACGAGGCCAUGACAGGCAAUUCAGGCUCAUACCAGCAAGAAGCCAGUAUAGGAGCUGCUCAUUCCUGCCCAAGACAAUCAGGGACUGGAACCAUCUUUCAAAAGGAAAGGUUGAGGUGACAACACUAGACACAUUUGUGUCUAUUGACACAUUUGUGUCUAUUGCCUCAAGCCUUCAAACCCCUAGUGCAUGAUUUCCUCAUCAACACCAGUAACAGAAACAUUGCAAAUCCUAUCUACAUGCAUAGGAGCCAAAAUGAUCAAUAAAUUGAUCGUGGGCCCUUAAGAUAUAGAAGAAGAACAGUUUUUAGUUAUACAACUACCAAAUACUCUCCGAUUCUCUUCUCUUUUUUUAAUUUAUUAAUUUUAAAAAAAAUGAUCUGUUACCUUUACUCUAUGAGCUAAGUUACGCAUGACAAAUGAAUUUUAUUUACUUUGGUGGCAAUAUUCACUUUUAGAUACUUGACUGUUUUUGACAUUUAUAUCAUAUCAUUCACAGAUUAAUGCAGUAGUUAGUGGAGCUCUUGACAGACUUCAUUCUGAAAAAGAUCCUUGUGUGAAAUAUGAUGUAACUAGAAAAUUGUGGAUCUAUCUUCAUCGGAAUAGAACAGAAGAUGAAUUUGGUAAGACCAUUGCUUGUAUUUGCCAUUUGUCAUAUUUUAAGUCUUUCAGUAUGACCUCAUACCAGCACUGCUUAGUUCUUGCACCAAUGAGAGAGAAAUAAAAAAUGUUAAAAAACUAAUUAUAAACAUUGUUAAAACUUUAUGUAAAACUAUUUUGAGAAAUCACAAAUUAAAAGAUUCAAAUGAUUACAUUUUUUCAUCCUUUGCUGUGGCAUUACACACCGUUUUGAAACAUCAGUGUUGUAAUUAAAUUUAAAAAAAAAAAAAAUUGUUGCAUGGUAACAGCUUAUUUUGCCCACUCAUAUGCCAGACUGUUAUGUUACUAUCUACUGUGAAAAUAUCUGUUCUGUGGCAUUUCCAUAAAAAUGUGAUGUACUUUGCAGAGAGAAUCCACCAAGCCCAAGCUGCAGCUGUGAAAGCAAAGAAAACUUUAUCCAGGCCAAAAACAGCAAAAUUGGUGAGUUCAUAAACUUUUUUUUAAAAUAACAAUGCGAUGAAGCCAUAGAAUUCAACAAAAAAAAUCUUUAUUUUAUAGCAUUAAUUUAGGAAAAGAAAGCUAAAGAAACUUUUAAGUGUUGUUUUAUGUCCACCAAGUAAUGAACGAAACCGAAAUUUAAUCUGAACGUAAAUAAAGUUAUUUGAUUACUUUAAACUUAAAAUUAAAUUGAAUUACCAAUUGUUUUUUUCAGACCACAACCGAUUGAAUCAAAACAAUUUCAAAUUGAUAUUUUUUUUGUUCAUUUAACAGACUAAAGAGCCUGGCCUGCCUGCUCCCCCAGUAACCCAGACAACCCCAACUGCACCGUCACCUGCACCCUUACCUACCAAGCAGAAUUUUACCCUAUCCACACUUCCCUCUUCAGCAGCAGCAACGAAGCUAACCACCUCAGAUACUUUGUCAUUGUUGGGUAAAGCUUCCAAAUCCCCAGCGUCGCUUGUUCGCACAGCUGUCAACAGCCAGGCUGCCCCCGCCAACCUGAACCCAACGAUUGCCCAGAUGCAGGCUGCCAGGGCCUCACUGGCCAAAUCUGCUGCCACUGUAAGCCAGCUACAAACAAUUAAACACCUCACUGGUCACCAGGGCUUAACAACAGCCGUGGCGUCAACAACAAACGUAACCACUUCAGUUUUGACUGUCACGUCUGUAGGUUUGAGUGUAAAUUCAUCCCUGGCAGCCCAGCUUCUUUAUUCGCCCGGUCUGGCACCAACAAGUAUCACAGCUGGAAAGCUACAGAAAGCUAAUUCAUCGCCAGCUACAACCGCCACAACAUUCAGUUUAGUGACUACCAUGAAUGCAUCGCAGUCAGCAGCCAAUCAGGCUAAAUCUCACUCUGUGCCAACAAUAAGCAUGCUGCAGACUCAGCAAGUUCUCAAACAGCAGCAGCAUCACCAGCAAACAGUCUCCCAAAGUGUCCUCAAACAAAACGCUGCACUUGUUGCAGCGGUUGGGCAAACUGUGGCAGCAUCUGCCAAUUCUAAUCCCUUGGGGAAGUUAACCCCUGGAGCUCCCAAACAGACAUUUACAAUGACUGCUCGGCAAACACCUCCCCCUAAUGUGGUGGUCACCAAAAAUCAGGCAGCUGUUUCAUCUUCUAAAACAGCUGGUAUAAAGCAAGCUUCUUUAAUUUUGUCUCAGGAUGGGAUAGCGAAUCUCACUUCAGCAACUACCGCAGCCGGAGGAAAGCUGGUGGCAUUGACUUCCAUGCCUGGUACUCAAAGUUCAGAUGGUACUGUUAGGGCACAAAUUAUGCAACAUGCCACAAACCAAUCGGGAAAUCCUAGGAGUUUGCAACAAUCAAUUAGACUUCAAAGUAUGUGUUACUUGUACAUAUCAUAUUUAAAAGUUGUGCACCCAACUGUGAGUGUUGAAUGCGUUCUUCUUUUGUCAUAGAACACAGACAAACAGUUUUCCAGCACUUCCUUUCAUAGGAAUUUAACUAAGUUAUCUAAAUGUAUAUUUUUUAAAAUUUAGAUAAAAAUGAGAGUUCCAGCACCUAUAUUCUUACACACAAAAAAGGCACUGCUUAAAUGACUUAUGAGAAUUAUAUGGACAUAAUCUUUGGGAUGAGUUUGAUGCGUUAAGACUAUUAAAACUAUUUUAAUAGAUGCCAUUUAUUGUUCUCUACAAUUCAUACUGCUCUAUUAUGAUUAUUAAACAAAAUUAUUUUAUUUGGUUGUGCAUUUCUUAUGUGCAUUUUUUUUUUUCUUUAAUGAGAUUUAUAUUUUUUAUUUAUUUCUAUCAUCAAUUUUUUCAGGUGGGAGCCUUGUUCAGUCUGUGAUGGGAGGAAAACCUAUUCAUAUUGGAGGCAAACCAUUUACACAAGCUAAAGGAUUGAUUCAACUUGCAGGAAAAGGAGGUCAACACAUAGGGCUGAUCAGGGCACCUCAAGGUCCUCUCUCGACCAUCAAUCUCAUUCCUCAUUCAGCUGUCUCCUCUGCCUUAUCUUCUGCAUCAGGGAAGACUGCUACUGUCCUAGGUAAGUUGGGUUAGCAUGUGGCAUAGUCUUUCUGAUUCCUGAGCAGAGGUUUAGCUGGGGGGGGUUUGUCAGAUGUCCCGGGCGCCAGAUUAAAAUUGAGGGGCCAAAAUGGUAAUUGAUGGUAUUUUAUUGUUUGGUAAUUUAUUGAUAAAAAAAUCAUGAGUUUCGGAGUUGAGAAGGGAAAGGGGUGUAAAAAUGAAUCUUGUCCCCUGGUGGGAAACACUCUAGCUAUGCCUAUGUUACUAUGUUUACAUUGUUAAGUUCUUUCCAAGUUAUUUCCACACAAGAAAAUCUUCAAAAAGUUUUCUUUACAAAAUCAUGUUUAUUGUUGAAUUUUAAAAUCUCAUUCACUGUUUGGUAAAUUUGAACCCUAUGUGAGGUUAUAUUGUUAAAAUUCCUAAAAUUAAAAAGAAAGGAUCAGACGCCAUGUCGUAAAAUAAGCAGACAAAUGUUGUGUAAUUACACUAUUAUCACAUUUUUUAAAAUGCAGCGGUUGUUAGUCCUUCCCCUGUGCCAUCUUUACCAUCCCUUCUCUCAAGUACUAGUAUCACUACAGCUACCACCGCCCUGGGAAUGAGCGCCUCUCAGCAGACGGCAGUUCUUGCGGCAGCCGCAGCCUCCUCUAAAGCCACCAACCAGGCCAAGGUGUUAAACCCGACGCAAGCUGGACUUGUGGUCACCCAAUUGGCUCAAGGGAAUAUAACUCUCAGAACAGGUGAAGACUGGAUAGGUUUAAUCCUGCUUAGUUAUUUAGUUGGAAUGAAAAAAUCAACUUCAGUAUCUUCAAUCUUCCCUUUUGGUUUGCCAACUAUUCAACUAUAUAAGAUAUAUUUUUGGAUCCAUUUUGAGUAUGUAUCUCUUUGUAUGUACAGCGCUGUGAGCCCAGCCCUGGGCUGGGGUACCGCACUAUAUAAAACCACUAAUAAUAAUUAAUUUGUUUAAUUUGAGAUACUUAAAAAUGUUCACUUAUGAGUAUUCAUUUUCAUCAAACUGAAGAAUUGUUAAAUGUUAUUGAUAUUAAAUUUAUAACGAUCUUGCUGGCUGCCGUCUAUGGCUUGCCUUGUAAAAGUUAUUUGGUGGGGUAGGUGAAUAUACAUUGCUGUUCUUUAUUUCAUAAAUGUAUUUUAUUUUAAUGUCAUGAUUAUGUCUCUUUUGAGACAAAUUUUAUGUACAGCGCAGUGAGCCCAGCCCUAGGCUGGGGUACCGCGCUAUGUAAGACCUCUUAUUAUUAUUAUUAUUACAAGUAACUUCUGAAGAUGUCUAGGUACAAAGUAACACAUCUUCAAGUUCCCGCCACUAGUUAUAUCUUCAUUUAUCUUAUAUAAUAAUUACCCAGUGACUUUCUCCACCUCCACCGAUGUGGGGAUUUGCAGAACCACUGCCAAAUGCUUGUCCAUCAUCUAUGAGACUUCAUCUGCUUCCUGAUCUAAAUAGUGUUGUAAUGGAUAUGUCGAUACAUUAUUACCACAAUUCCUUUUGAAAAUUCAGGCAUUUGGGAAACUUGCCCUCACUUUGCAAUUGGAAGAACAGAAAAUGUUUUUGGGAUUAAAAUACUGUAUGUUAUCAGCGUAUAACACGCACUUUUUCUCCCUGCAAAUAGGGGGCAAAUGAUGUGUGCGUAUUAUACGCCAAUAUAAUUUUUCCUGAAAUUUCCUUCUUAAAAUGGGGUGGGCGUUAUACGCCAAUAAAUACAGUAAUUUAACACUGGAGGCAUUCUCCCACUAAUGUUCUCUCACAACUCCACCAGAUACAUCUGGAGUACUUUUUGUUAUUUCUGUGAUUUGUGUUAAGAGUUAGAAUGUUAUGGACUGUCAAUCCCAGUCAGCCUAGGUUAAGCUAAAAAUUUAUGAAAAUAAUACUUCACAUUUUAGUGAAUGUCCAGAGGCUAUACUUUGCCCAAUCCAGGGGUAGAGUAUCCACAAUAGAAAAGUAUUAUUUUUUUUUGUUAUUCCAUAAAUAUUGUUCUAUUAUUCCAUAUAUCUUGAAACAAAUUUUGUGUAAAUGAUCUGUAAAGUGGUGUGACUGUGACUUUUUACAGAUAUACUUUUGUAUAAAAUGCCACACUUUCAUGUUUCAGAAGCGUAACUUCACACUAUUUUAAGUUGUUUUUAUGACAAUCAACCAUGUGUUGUUUUUUUACAAUGUUCGUCCCAUUUUACAGCUGCUAUGUGUUUACGACUACAACUUUUCAUUCUGUUCUUCUAUUACUCUAUACAGCUGGUCCAGGGAACAGUACACAGACCAAAGUGAUUCCUGCUGGAGCAGCAGGGCUUGUCCCCACACAGUUUAUCCUUCAUCAUGCCCCUGGAGUUACACAAGCAUCUUCUGGUGAUUAGACAUCUUUAGGAGAUAUAUUUACAGCAAUUGAGGAUAGUGAAUGAAGAAAAAUAUAAUAGAUUAGUAAUAAGAAAGUUUCUAUCCAACCUUUUGUUUUGUAUUAGUGUAUUUUUUAAAUACAUAUAUUUCAUAAACAAAGCUCCAUUUAUCAAGUUAAAACUAAAUGCAUACAUGUUACUGAAGUCAGCAAGAGGCUAGACUGUCUGCACAUGUUUGUAAAUGAGUAAAAAUGUUACACAUUUUUUUAUGGUUAAGUUUGUCAGUGUAGAGAUGCAUGCUUUAUAAAUGAAAGUUCCAUUUGUUUUUUUUUUUUCAUUAAAGGUUCCUUUAUUGUCAGUAAUGCUUCAGGUGUUAAGGGAGCACAGAACCUCCAGGUACAAAUAUGUUCAAUGCUAAAUUUAAUGUGACAAAUGUAACUGUGUUCAUUUAAAUUGGAGAAAGUUGACAGAAAGAAUCUAUAAAAAAUUUUCAAGUACAAUAUGGUUUGCAUCUUUUUAAAAAAAAAUCAAAUCCUCCUUUCUUUGUACUUAAGUGAAUAAAUGUUUAGAAAACCACUUAAAGUAAAAGGUUUUAGAUCUGCUGAGGGCUAGAUAAAUAAAAAGAUUUGUUUUGCCUGAUCCAAUCUUAGACCAUACAGAGUAAUGAACUCUUGCACAAUUGUAUUUCUAGAUGGUGAGAACAGUUUUAUCUCAAGGCAGUUUAAAACCUGGUCAAGCAACAAUACUUAUAUCUCAGCCAGCUCUACCACAAGGAGUUGUGUCUUCUACAUCAGGUCUCACCACAAGUCAGGUCAGUACAUCACAGGUUUUCCUGUUACACUUUCAAACUCUAGGUCUUCAGAUUUGGUAGGCUGCUAGAGGCAUAGUUUACUGAAAUUACUGGGUUUAGAAUUAACACAAAAAUAGUUACGUGGAGUUUCAAUACCAAUCCCCACUUUUGGAGAGAGAAAAAAAAACACAUCCUUGUGAACAAGUUCAGUAAAGCAAAUACAAAGAAAAUCUCUUCACCAAAACUACCAUUAUUUCUAGGAAAUCUCUGCUAGGGUAGAACUAAAAAACAACCAAAGUUUGCAUGCUGUGUCUCAUGGGACAAAAUUCAAUCACUCUAUUAAUAAUCAUAGCAUUAAAUAACCAAUGGAAAAAUAAAAAGAUGCGUUUAUGUAUAUUGGUGUACAGUAAUAAUUAUACUUUAUAGAAUUUUUCAUUUAUUCUCAACACUUUGAUUUGUAUAAAUUGAAAGGUAAAAAUAAACUUUUAAUCUGUACUAAUUUAAUCUCUGAUUUAUGUGCAGGUCGUCCAAGCUGCAAGUAAAACAUCUGGUCGUGGUUCACCAAAGGGCAAGCCGGUUUAUGCUCGUAUCAUCACACCGCCUCCAGGGAUGAAACUCACCAACAUGGCCCAAGUACCAGUGACAGCUGGAAAUGUUAACAUGCUGCAGACUGUGUUGGUAACUUCUGCAAUCCUCAAUCCGCCCCCAGCAUCGACGACUGCCACAAAUAGGGAAGAGGCUGCUGGAGACAAGAUGAAGCAGGAUGGCUCUGGAGAUAGUUGAUUGUGUGUGCUUGAUAGGCAUUUCAAUCAAAACAAUUCUAACCUGGGCUCAGACGCCCGAUAGCUACAGAGAGGUCACAGCUACGGAUGACUUUUUGUUUAUGACUUGUUUCCGAUGCAAAAAGUGCUGGCAACUCUGUAAAAUUAUUUAAAACAAUUUGUACGAUGAGAAGAUUGUUUUCUGAGUGGACUGUGAAGCAUGUGGAAACAUCUCUAUGACCACUGGCUUAAAAAGACAGUGAGCUUAUUUAGCUUUAUGUCUUACAGAUAAGGGUCACAACCUAAAAUACUCUGGCAGCAGGACAUCUAUGAUCCAUAACUUCAGGAGUCUUGCUCUUACACAACAAACAUUAUUAAAGAUACAUCUUUGGAAAUGAUCUUCCUAAAUUGUCUAUUGAAAAGAAAAGAAGAAAUUUAACAGCUUUUGGUCAUUUAACAACUCUUCCCUGACUAGAUUCAAACAGCUCCCAUCAGAAUUAACAUGAAAUGUAGGUCACUUUUGUAUUGGAGUGACCAUUGGACAGACCAUGAAAAACUGAUCUAUGCAUGGUAUUGUUCCCCGAAGUUAUGGAUUGAAGAACCCUACAAUAGUUUCAGCUUGAUUUUGAGAGCUUAUAGAAACUCUUAAAAGUAGGGAGUGUGUUUUAAAAACAAGCCUUGAUUUCACCAGGCUUUUUCUUCAGGCUUCCUGAAAUUAGGGAGGAAUUAAUUAUGAAACAAUAGCAAGCAAUCUGGACAUAUGACACCAGUCAUACAAAACAUGUUCAUCAGAACAUUUCUCUACAGCCUAAGUGUGGG